CGAGGAGCAGCCAUUUUUAUUUCGACGAUUCAACCACAUCGACAAAGACGCCGCAGUCGAUCAAAAUACAGUCAAGAUGGGUAAGUCAGCUUCCAAUUCUCCGAGCACAAGCAACAUCACGCGCGAAACGAUAGAUCGUAUCUGAAGAGUCAGGAAGAGGAGGGACACAGUGACAGAGGAGGACCGAACUCGCAUCAUGCUCAUCUGGCUGUUAAGAGGAGGCUGAUCAAUGUCACAUUGAUUUGGAGCAUCGCGCAAUCCAUCCAUCAUCGUUUCCCACAGCACUUCGACUCAAAUCUUUCCACUACCACCACGAAGACACCCGAUACUAAUAAUGGCUGUUUCCAGGUCGCCUUCAAGAAUACCAGGUCAUCGGGCGCCACCUGCCUACAGACGCCAACCCGACCCCGAAACUCUACCGCAUGCGAAUCUUCGCACCCAACACCGUGGUUGCCAAGUCCCGCUUCUGGUACUUCCUCAUGAAGCUGCGCAAGGUCAAGAAGUCCAACGGCGAGAUCGUCUCCCUGAACGUCAUCCACGAGAAGCGACCCCUCAAGGUCAAGAACUUUGGCAUCUGGAUCCGUUACGACUCCCGCUCCGGCACACACAACAUGUACAAGGAGUACCGUGAGAUGAGCCGCACCGAUGCCGUCGAGGCCCUCUACCAGGAUAUGGCCGCGAGACAUCGUGCUAGAUUCAGGAGCAUUCACAUUCUCAAAGUCGUUGAAAUCACCAACCAGAACGACGUCAAGCGACCGUACAUCAAGCAAUUGAUCUCCAAGAACCUCAAAUUCCCUCUUCCUCACCGCAGCACCGGCUCCAAGAAGCUGUUCGUCCCGAACCGACCAAACACAUUUGCUUAAAUGGGUGGAGAGUGAAAUGGCUUUUGGUGUCAGGACACAGGAGACGUUCGUCUCUUGGGUGUGGGUAGAGAGGAGGUAAGCCGCAGAAAUCGAAGCUCAAUGGGCAAUGGACGAUGCGAAAACGGGUCGUUAAAAGAAGAUGAGGGCCAUUUUCCCUUGAACAACAUCGUGCAUGACCAUAGAGCGACCGGAGCAAAGUCGAACCGAGGCUGAGGCUCGAAUUUGAGACAACCUGCUCAGUUACAUUCAACUCGGAUCAUGAGGCCCUGAGGUCUGGCUUGGUGCUGCGUGGUGGACGUAAGUAACCAGCAGAAGUGGAAGUCUCAAUGUGCCAAUGAAAAAUUCUACGUUCAAAACAAAGCAUCUUUCUCGACUUUCUCCCCAACCCUUUCGAUCCUGCUGUGAGCAACGGAAUGCGGCUGACGCGAGAGCAUGAAGAAGGAUUUCGCAGAUCUACGUGAAUGCAGAAGAGUCUAACAGUUUCCAUACCCGAGAAAGGCAUGCCCAUUGUCCAGACCCUGAUCACGCAAGACCAAUGGAGAUUGCAUAGAUUCAUCCCCGGACCAGGCUCGUGAUUUCGCG